UAAACAGCUGGUCCAGCCAAUUAUAAUUCGUACUAUUUUGUAGUAUUAUAUAUUAUAGUUUCUUUUCUAAUAAAAUUGUUUUCCAUGUUGGCAGCAAGAGGGAAAAAAAAAUUGAAUGAAUAGAUAAGCCAAGAAAAAAGAAAAAGGAAAAAUUUGCUAGGUAGCUUCUAAUAUUUCAUAUAUUUAUAUACUGUAAUUGACUCUUGUUUUCUAUUUCAACUGAAGUCUCUUUCUCUCUCUAUGGUUUUGUAUGUAUGAAAAGAUAGAAAGUUCUGCUUUUGUGUGGAUUGAUUCAUAGCACCACAAAGAGCUAAGCUACAUAUGAUUUAUUUCUUAUGAUUAUUGGCUCUAGCUUCUCAGAAAAAUUGAUGGGAAAGAAGAAAAUUUUGAAGAAGACAAAGGAGUUAUCAGUAGCAAUAGCAGAAUCAUCAGCAAUGAGUGGAGACUCUCAACAACAACAACAACAGAUUACUCCUAGAAAAAGAGGAAGACCAAGGAAAAUUAUUGUAAAAGAUGAAGAAGAGGCUACUGGAGAAAUAAAGAAACUCAAAAUAAAUGAAGGUGAAGAAUUAGAAAAUAAAGAAGCAGCAGAAGGAGAAAAGAAAGAAGCAGAAGAACAAUCUGAAGAGGAAAAAAAUUUACAGCCACAAAAGCAGCAACCUGUAGCAAAGAGCAGAGCUAGAAGAAAAAGCAAGCCAAGAAAAAGCUGCUAAAAAUCACUUUCAAAAAUCUCCUUUUUCUUUGUAGGUAAUUUUUGAAACAAAGGGAAGUAUCAACGCCGAACGUUCUCCGGAAACAACCUUUCUAUCUUUACGAGGUAGGGAGGGGUAAGGUCUGCAUGCAUACUACCCUUAGAUUUUAUUUGUGGGAAUACACCGGGUAUGUUGUUGUCUUAAAUGAAAGUAUCAAAGAUGAACAAGUUUAUUCAUCUAUUGGUUUUGUUCCUUUCCUGUUAGUUUUUUGGUUUUAGUAUGUCCAUUUUAAUUGUGAGAAACAUUUUGUUAGGAAGGGCAAUGGUUAGCUAUUAUACUCUGGAUUGAAUUGUGAUAUUGACUGUAAUGACUUUUGUGUAAAGUGUGCUCAAUUCAAGAAAGUUGGAUAAACACUCUGUAUCGA